UAAUAACUCGAUUGGAAGAGUGUUCACCACUGUGAGUAGAUCAGAUUGAGUAAAACAGAAAAUGGUUUCCCUUACGUGUCUACCUGGAACUGUUUUUAAAAUUAGAAUAGACAUGUAAACUUCCUGCUGUUAUAAAACAACAAAUCUCAAAAUGAUCAUUUCUUGCCUUCUUCGAAAUUCUAAGCACCGUUUAUUUCAGUCUUUUAUAUGCAAGAAAACAAAAUUUUCCAGUAGCACGUUAACCACUUCCGCAGUUCUUCACCAGGAAAGGGAAGAGGGAAAAUGUGCACAAAAUAAAAAAGUAAAGGUUUUGUAUGAUGGACAGUGUCCUAUAUGUGCUAUUGAAAUAAACUUAAUGAAGAAAUUGAACAAGAAGGACAAUGUUGUAAAUUUUGUGGAUAUAGCUGUUGGAGAAUACAAGCCAGAUGAUCAUUUAGGGAUCACUUAUAGUCAGGCUAUGGGUAAAAUGCAUGUAAUAGUUACACAUGCAAAUAACACCGAGUCUCAUUCUAAACCAGAAGUAACAAAAAUAUAUGACAGUAUGGAAGGAAUGAAAGUUAUGUAUAAUGCAGUUGGACUAACUUGGUUAUCUAAACUGUUAUCCUACCCUGGUGUCAAAGAGACUUCAGAUAGAUUUUAUAGAUGGUUUGCAGUCAAUAGAUACAGAAUGACUGGAAGAGACAAAGAAGAAUGUGAAUCAGAAAGAUGUAACAUCUCUGACAAAAAGAAGUGAAUGUUACAAUAUCAACAUUUGGGUGUACUAUUUUAAGUCUUUCAAUCAAAACCAUAUAAUAUACAUAUUUUUCUGCUUACCCACCAGUCUUAGAUGUCAGGGUCACAUCAGUAUUUAAACAUUUCAGCAAAAAGAGCAAGAAAUGUUGGUGAUAGCAAGAUAAUAGACAGAAAUGUUGAUAAGUGAUACAUUUGAAACCAAAGACAAUUUCAUAAGUGCAAAUGAAAAACUAUUAUAAAGUCAAGGGUCACAGAUUGUGGAAUUAUAAUAUAUGAGUGAUUUUUAAACUGUAUGGUACCAACAUGAAUAUUGUACAUUGUAGAAAGGCUGUUCUAUGAUAUUGUACAUUGUAGAAAGGCUAUUCUAUAAUAUUGUACAUUGUAGAAAGGCUUUUCUAUAAUAUUGUACAUUGUAGAAAGGCUAUUCUGUAAUAUUGUACAUUGUAGAAAGGCUAUUCUAUAAUAUUGUACAUUGUAGAAAGGCUAUUCUAUAAGGUUGUAUACAUUUGGUGAUUAUAUAUAUACUUGAAAAUAAAUUCUCCUUAAGAAUGUGCCAAAUCAAAGCUAGAUAAUGUGAUGUCCUAUCCUGGUAAAUUGUUACUGUGUAAAGUACAAGCAGUCUUAAGAAUGUUCCUUUUCCUAUUUGUAUGCAUGAUUUUUUUUUUCUACUUGAAAUCAAGCAGUCUUUUCAAACAGAUAAGUCAAAAAAAAAUUUUCCCCAGGCCUGUUGGUAGACCCGCUAUCAAGUUAAGUAUAAUUUGCAGAGAUAUGAAGAAAAGGAGAUAUGGGGUAUAAAAAUAUGUCAAUGAGGCAGAGAAAUAUAACCAAAACACAUCUAGAGAGCAACAUACAAUCUUCAACAAUAGUAAGGUAUCUAUAACAAAAACAUAAGAUCUGAAAUCAACCUACCAAUUCUCCAAAUGACAAAUAAACGUUAAGAUUAACAUGUGGACAUUUCCUACUAGGUUACUGACUUGGGAGGAUGCAGGAAAAUUUAUAAAGAAAAAGAAAAACAAACAUUAAUUCAUGUUAAAUGAUUUUUAUACUACCGCAAAAAAUUUUGGGGAUCGUAUAAUGCUAUCAUGUCGUCGUCGUCCGAAGACAUUUGGUUUCCGGACAAUAACUUAAGUUUCAGUGUAUGGAUCUCUUUGAAAUUUAAGCAAAAAGGUUCAAUACCACAAAAGGAAGGUUGGGAUUGUUUUUGGGGGUGAUGGUCCCAACCGUUUAGGAAUUAGGGGCCCAAAACAAGCAUUUUUUUAGUUUCAGGACAAUAACUUGUGUAUAAGUAUUUUGAUUGUUCUGAAAUUGUACCACAAGGUUCAAUACCACAAGUAGAAGGUUGGGAUUAAUUUUGGGGGUAAUUGCCCAAACCGUUCAGGAAUUAGGGGCCAAAAAGGGUCUAAAACAAGCAUUUUCUAGUUUUCAGACAAUAACUCAUGUCUAAAUUUUCUUCAAAUGUUAUUUUUGUUGGAAAAGGGGAGGGGAAGAGUGGGGGGGGGGGGGGGGGGGUAAAAAAUUUUUUUUUUUUUUGGGGGGGG